GUUCUUGAUUUUAAUUCUAGGUUCCAGCGUUGGAUUGCACCAUUGAUAUUGAUAAAAUACCUGGAAUGAAGUUAACCCUGAAAUCUUCUUUGGGGGAGUUCCAGAAUCUGAUGGGCGAAGGACUUGGAGAUCAUCCAGAAGUCCUUGAUUUGUUUAGGGAGAACACCCCUUUUUCUCAUUUUUUGGAUAUUGAGUGUAUUCCUCCUCCUCUGUUCCUAUUGCAACUCAUUGCGAGGGAAGCCAAAAUAAAGAGGAAAGGAGAGAUGUGGUUCGUUUUCAAAGGAGCUCCUCUCAGGUACUCCUUGAGGGAGUUUUCACUCAUUAGCGGCCUCAACUGCUCUCACCUUAAUGCCGGCUUUGAAAAUUCUAAGGAAUUAACCUCUGCAAAGAAUGAUUUCAUUCGAGCUCACUUUCCUUCUGCAAAGAAGGGAAAGAAAUCUACUGCAGUCACAUACAAGAUGGUUGUGCAGCGUUUCUUGGACAUUUGUAAAGGAUUGGACAGGGAAAAGAAGAAAGAAGGCCAGGAGAUGGAUGCUGUGAAAAUGGCAACACUAUUGUUUGUUGUUGUUGUUCUCUUGGGUCCUGCUGAUCGAGACAAGUCUGCAAUUCCAGAUUGGAUUCUGGGCAUGAUUGCACAGUGGACAGUAGUUUUAGCUAGGCCAAGAAUCUGCCUUUGGGGUGAGAUUCCAAUAAAGAAGAAAAUCACCCACACAGAAAUGGAUGCUUACGUUGGGGACGUGCAGACUCUACAGAGCAUUCUUGUUCCCGACAAGUUUGAGGCAACUGUAGAGUGGUAUUUGAACUUCCAUCCUCUAGAGACCACAGCACACCCUGAGUUGGAUGCAUUUGUGGCAAAAUUAGAGGGUAGAGGGGAAGUCCACAUUCCGGUGGAGAGGAAGGGAAAAGCCCGGAAUGUCCCUUCACCAACAAGAGAUAAUUCUGAAGAGCGUAAUGAUCACAUCUCCUCUCCCCAAGAAUCUCAGAGGAGUCAGAGCCUUAGGGAAUCUCCUUCUAGAGUCUCCCAUUCCAACAUCCCAAAUCCAUCGUCUCCUACCCCUCACCCCGCCAAGCCUUCAUCUAAUUCCUUUCAAGAACUCUUUGAUCGAAUGUCAAAGAAAAUUGAUAACAUUGCAGAAGAACAAAGAAAGAGUUUUAAAUCUGUAAGAUCUGUUAACGUUCAGGUGCCAGAGACGACAAUCAUGGAUGAUUGUGAAGAGACUGAGGCACGCAAUCCUUCCCCUGAUCAUAAGGUUUCUCCAAGACUUGGUAUUCUCCAAAUUGUUGGGGAAAUAAAUCAAGAGCAUGAGAAUCAACCUUCAACUCUUUCUGAUUCUGUUCUUAGUUUGGAGAACAGGAAGGCUGAGUCUACCCACGAGACAAUGGGAACAGAAGAUGCUGUCUCAAUGAAGCCUCUACAGGAAAUGGUUGAGUUUAGCCAUGAGGUAAUGGAAACAGACGCUGCUGCUUCUAUGAAACCUCUGCAGGAAGAGGUAGUUCAGGAGGAAUUGGGAGAGGAGGCUAAUAUUAAUGAUGCCCAUGUGCAUGGAAAGGUUGAGCCUAGCAAUGAGGUCAUGGAAACAGAUGCUGCUGCUUCUAUGAAAACUCUACAGGACAAGAAGGAAUUGGGAGACGAGGAUGAAAUUACUGAUGCCAUUGUGUAUGGAAAGAGGAAGAAAAAGAAGUCAGCCAGUUUGAAGUCUCCAUAUACAGCAGACGGGAGGAAGAAAAAGAAAGCCGAUGAGCUCUUAUCUAAGCCGCCAACUAAAGGAGAUCUUUUGGAAUUUAAGAGCUUCAUCGUACAAGCAAUUAAUGAGGAUCGCCCUGUACAAUGCUACCUCGAGCAGUACAAGCCUACAAGGAGCAUCAGGAAUUUGUUAAAACCUGGUGGACUGACCUUAUCACUCCAAAUCUUUGGGUAGCGGAUACUGUAAGUUGCAUUAACCUUUCAUUCUUCGUACACAAACAAUGCUUAUAUCUUUCGUUUUCUAAUAACAUACUACUUUUUUU